GGAUGCAUAUGUGGGAGAAUAAAAACUUUGAUUGUAAGGAAAGGAUUAAUAAAAUGAUUGUGGACAGAGGAAGAUCAUGAGGAAGCUGUGGUAAAGAGAAAUAUUUCAGCAUUUAUUACACAUGUCAUCUUGUGGAUAUGAGACACGGAAGGAAAGGUUCCUCUUUGAGUGCUUGAGAUUUGUGAAAGACAUAUCUGCCGACAGCAGACAGUUUUACCAACAGCAAAAAACGAAGACCAUUUCUGUCCUGGUGAAAAUGGAGACAAAAUUGGAACAAAAUCAAGUAGCUACCACUGUGCUUUAUUUAAAUGAAAGUACACCAAACAUUACAACCACAGAUACAAACUUGUGCAACAACCCACAGUGUUACAUGGUCCUGUCCACACCAGAGAAGAAAGCUAUUGGCACAAUCUGCUUGCUAGCCGGCCCUGUGACGUUCCUGGAGAACAUUUUGGUCCUGUUGGUCAUUGCAAGCUCCACCACUCUUCGCAGACGGCCAUCGUACCUGUUCAUCAGCAGCUUGGCACUGGCCGACACCUUUGCCAGCUGUUUCUUCACCAUCAGUUUUCUAGAUUUCCAUCUUUAUAGUCAGAGCGACAGCCCUAAUAUCUAUCUGUUCAAGCUCGGUGGAGUCACAAUGGCGUUCACAGGUUCUGUGGGAAGCCUGUUGCUGACAGCGCUGGACCGUUAUCUCUGCAUCUACCAGGCUUCCAAUUACAAGGUGCUUCUGACACGCACUAGAGCCAAGCUGGCUAUUGUAUUAUUAUGGUGUGUGACGAUUGUAAUUUCAUUUCUUCCUCUGAUGGGUUGGAGGUGCACAACCAAGUUUAAUCCUCCUUGCUCCCAACUCUUCCCUUAUGUGGAUCAUCACUACCUGGCCUUCUGGACGGGCCUACAACUUGUGGUGCUCUUUCUUAUCAUAGUGGCUUAUGUUCUCAUCCUGUGGAAAGCAAAUCGGCAUGAAACAGCUAUGGGUGGACCAAAGUCAGGGAGGCAGAGCGUGAAAGGACAGGCUCGAAUGCGAAUGGACAUUCAGCUCGCACGUACCUUCAGUCUGAUCCUCCUAAUCCUUGCUGUUUGUUGGCUGCCUGUCCUGUCUAUUAUGAUGGUGGAUGUCACAGUGACCCUUACGAACAAACAACAGCGAAUGUUCGCUUUCUGUAGCACGCUCUGCCUGUUCAACUCGUGCGUAAACCCGCUUCUAUACGCCCUACGCUGCAAAGAGCUGAGAGGAGAAGGGUGUGCAUUGUUAGCAUGUUGCAAAGCAUGCAGGGAACGUACUUUGGGAAAUGCUCAGGGCCAAAGAAAUGAAAAUGAUUCUGGCAUUAGCAAAAAGAGCAAAGAUCAGGCUGUUAGUGAUAGUAACCCAGAUACUAUUUCUGAAAGCGUAGACAAGCAGUAAAACAGCAUAUAAAUGUUAUUUAAAGGUGCGGUGAUUGUCUUCAGAAACAUUUUUUGUUAUUCUGGUUGAAAGUCUCUUCACAUCCUGAUAGCAAUGAUUACGUUAAGUGGUCUAAAUGUAUUUAUCUGUAUUUCUGUGGAAGGUGUAGGACCAAGAAAUGGUCAUCCAAUCAAAACGCUCGGUCCGAUAAUUUAUGUUGUUUCUGGUAUUCUGCUCUUUGAGCGUCUGUGCGUUCAGGGGGCGUCGCUUUGGACGGCAAUUGCAGGGAGGGUGGGACUUUCGCUUUCAGUGCUAUCAGGCUAAAGUUAGCAUUUUCCGAGAUCUCCAACUGCACCCUUAAAGUCCUAUUCAUAUUAUUGACUUUGCUAACUUUUAAUCCAUUUUAAAUAUUUAGCAAAAUGUAGUUCUUCAGGAUUAUAUUUUAGGUUUGCAUUCAUUGCAUGAAUAUUAUAGGUGUAGGCUACAUAUUUUUUUGUAGGUUUCGACAUUGCAGAAAAUGUUGUUUUGUAGUAUACAGGAUAUCAAAUAAAUAGCAUUAAAAAUGUGGGAAACAUAUAAAUAUCAAAUGAAGAAGGUUUGCAUACCAAUAAGAACUUAAGAACUUUAACACACACACGUUUGUUUUUGUGAAAAGUGGGGACAUCCCAUAGGCUUAAUGGUUUUUAUACUGUACAAACUGUAUGUGCUAUUACCCUACACCAACCCUACACCUAAACCUACCCCUUACAGGAAACUUUGUGCUAUUUCAGAUUUUCAAUACACAGUAAUGUCCUGAAAAGUCACCUUCUCCUUGUAAUACCUAUGUCAUACCCUUGUCAUCAUACAAAUUUAUGUCCUCAUUUGUCACAAAAACGCGCGCGCGCACACACACACACGUUGAAUUUUACUGCUUGAAUUUUACUCAUUAGAAUGAGAAGACUUCAUUUUACACUUUAAGAAAGACAUUAGCUAUUAGCGAUUACUUUGUAAACAGUCUAAAAAUGAUUUGACAGUGGAUUUUAAAAGUGUCUAAAAAUGUUUUGUUUUUUUACGAACAUACAAUAAGUCUAUUGUGAAUAGGUGGAUAUUGUGACCAUCUAUCCAUGUAUAAUGCUGUUUCUCUAAGCACCUUUUUACAGUAGUGAAAUAAGACCUAUAAACACACUCAGAACAGCUAACUCACCUACAUUUUGACCCAAGCGUAAAAGACGCCAAAAUAUAUAUAGAUUACACUGUGAAACAAAAUACCCUCACCUUUAUUGAUGACUGCUAGCAACAAUUUUGCUUCACCUUUUGGAUAGAUUGUACAUUAUGCUGUAUGUUGUACUAUAUUAUGAAGAAUAACUGUUAUGAUACACUAAGUAUAUUCUUAUAUGUUGGAUAGAGUGCUAUAAAUGCAAAAUGCUAUGUAAUUGUUGUUAUAUUAACUUCUUAUCUUGUAUUAACUUCAAUUUGAAGAGAAGUUUUUCUGCAUUAUUGUAUGUAUUAUAUGUUAAACCAAGUAUUAAAAUGCUGUAUGUCAUAACUAUAAAAAUGUACUGCUACAUUGUUUAAGAAAUGCAUGCUUACCCUUUAUUUCAUUGUCAUCAAUAAAAACACAUUUUCUGGA